CCGUCAUUAUCUAAUUAUAUUCUUACUACUUGAAGCCCAACCUCUACCUUACGGUCUCUACCACCCUACCAUUCCUGUCAUCCUAUCAACCUAUUCCUAGGUACCUCGCAUACUUGACCACGCAUACCAUAUACAUACUUCCGUACAUCCCUUCCACCCAUCCAUAACCGUCGACAUCCAUACCUUUCCUAAUCUUUACCCGACUUGACCUACGCUUAAACCCACGCUUAACCCACUUGAGCUAUCCGCGCAACAUCCGCCGACAAAUCUGCUCUCACUUAUACCAAGCCACACCAAGCCUUGUUUUUCGCUGCUUCAUGUCUAGAUGACAUAUCAUAGAAGCACAUCGACGACUUUGACGACGAUCGAGUAAAUCGUGUACAUCGUGGCUACGUAGCAGCUCUCAACUUCGGGGGGUGCUGCUGGUCGUGCUGGGGUGAAGGAGAGGCGUACUUUGCGAAUUAAUCCUCAUAUGCGCCCACUAUGAUCUCCAUGCAGCGAUCUCUAUCAUCGCCCGUUUGCAUACAUUCUUCUCCACGUGAGUCGGGCGGAAAAAGACCAAGAUGAGAUCUGCGUCUCCGACCACCUCCCAUCCUUCUUCCCGUUCCCCGACCCCCUCUCCCGAAACCCGACCGGAAGUGUCACGCCCGCGACGAUUUCGAUCCCGAAGCCCUUCGAAGGGGCAUCGCCGGCGCGAGUCGUCGGGAUCCGUUCGCAGAAUUGGCGGCGGCGGCGACGAGACUUCUCGCGAUGCGACUUCGAAGCAGCAGUCGAGCGCCAACCCGAGCGCCGGCGCGAGUGCGCCGAAGAAACCGGUAAUUGACCAACCCGUAGGCCCGUCGCCGAAACCCCCUCCGUCACCGUCCCCGGCCUCUAGCCCGCCUGCUCCGUCGAGCCCAUUGCAGCCCAUUUUGAAAGACCAAGAUGAUUCCGGUCCGCUUCCGCGACCUCUCUUGGCUGAUGUAUCCUUAUAUACCAAUCCCCACUUGAAUAUCGAAGCCGAAGGUACCACUCUCGAAGAGCUUGCCCAUUUGGUCCGGCUGUCCAAGUACCAGGAGCGCAAGUGCGCCAACACUCGAAUUCGCCUUCAGAGGAGUUUGAUUUCAACCGCUCUCUCGGCGCGGCUAACUCGCUGCGGGGAGACUUCGCUGCGCAACUUGGCGGACAGCUUCCGGAAUGAUGACAAGAGAGCUUUUGCUAAUCUGUUUGGUGCCAUUCAUGAUGUUCGCAAUAGCUGCGACGCAACCCGUCGCUAUGCUCUUUUGGAGCCGGAGAUGGAGUCUUUGCAAUCGUCGGGGGUAGCGUCCGUCGAGACCCUGGUACCUCCGCCCAGCACGGCUGGGACCGUUGGUCCCGGAACUUCCGUUGUCCCCUUCCUUAAUGACAUUUCUGCUUCUGCCAGAGAAACUUUCCUAAGCUUUCUUACCAAUAUUCGGACAAAUCCGGACUACCUUGCCACGCGACUGUGCGCCUUGAACACCUCAGAACUCCAGGCUCUUACUACUUUUCAUCAGGGGUUGGAGCCGAUAGAAUCUGUCUUGCCGUACCACGGUCGUUCCGGUGGACGCGGGCAUUCCAGCGGCCCUAGUAGACAGUCGGGGCAAACCCCUAACGCCGUUGAGCGGCUGCUUUCUUUCCAGCGUCACGAUCCCCUUUCCGCUCUGAUUUACACCUGCUUUGCUAACUCGGCCGGUCCGGACAGCGCCGAAGACAAGCGGCGAACCGGGAUCUGGGCCACCGCGUUUGCUCGCUUGAUCUCCACCAAGUCUACUAGUGAGCCGGUCUUGAUCUCGAUUCUCAAUGCUUGGUCCGCUAUGCGUGAUUGGUCGGGACGCGCUAACAUGGAGUGGUAUCUGAUGAAGAUACUCGAGGAUGGCGCGUUCCUGCUCGACCGAGCCGAGGACCAGAAUGGAACGAGGUUCAACCUUUCUGACUGGACUACCAAGGACAGCAUUGCCGCUGAGGAGUUCUACGAUCGUGCCGUCAACGAUCUCUUUGGUAUCAUCGAUGAUGAAGACGCGACGGGCAUUCCCGAAGGCGUGAUCGAACUUGGAAAUGAAAUUCUUCGUCGGCUGGAGAUCAAGGAUAGCACUCGCAACCUUGUCGAUACCACCCGAAGAUGGUUUGUAUACAAAUGGAUCUUUUCUAGUUGGUUGCUUGCUGUUGUUAUCCACCCGGAGAGCUAUGGGAUGAUGACCGAAUACCACAUUACUGAAUACGGCCGCCAGAAGAUCCUCAAACAGGUUGCUACGCUCGCCCAGCACUACGUUGUGGAGAUGCUUGCAAGUGGAAAUCCCCAGAAGCCGGUGUCUACCCCUCUCAAGAUCAAAGGCCACAUUGAGAAUAUCAUGGGCCGCUUCAAGACAUCGGCGAGCCGGGGGACUGGUAGGCUGCUCCCGGCUAGGUCCAUCACUUCCUUGAGAGAGACCGUCGAGGUUCAUCCCUAUCUGGUGAUCAGCCCGGCUGACCUUGUUACGCUUGCCAAUGCUCUCUACCCGGAGCGUAGGCCGCAAUCUGCUCACUCGAGUAGCAUUCGGUCCGGCGCGCCCUCGAUAUCAGGCUUCUCUGCCAUUUCGCAGCCGAUAUCGAUAGGCACGUCAAGGAGUAACUUUGACACCGCCUCCGUGCUUAGUAUGAGCGCGUCGUCUGUUUUCAGUGAUGGGACUACUUCGGGAGAGCCUCUGCUUGAAGAUCAAGUAGCCGGCACCCCCCAGAGACGCUCUCCGCCUGUGCCUGACGGGACGAGGCAAAGACCCGCUAACAACAAUUACGAAGACGACGGUUACCGUCUCCGGCUGGCGAUGCACGAGAUGGGUCAGAUCUUAGGUUCGGAUGUGAUAUCGGGUUCAUGCCAUCCUUGCGCCGAACGUUGGGCUGUUAUAUUCAUUUCUGCUGAUGGGAACGGCCUUUCUUUACAGAUGACUUAUGAUCCUGAUGACGAAGCCGAGGAGGAGAAUUCCUCCACUACCAGUGACACGGAGGAUGAUGAACCCGACGAGAAACCCGAACUAGACAAGGACUAUCAUCAAUUGCGAGACUCCGUCCUAAAGCUAGUCGAAGAUUUUGAAAUCCCUCUGGGCCUCGAGGAUCACGGUACUAAGACGACAUUCAGCAACAGGGCUUCCGGGCUAAAGAAGUAUCGAUCUAAAAAUAAAAUCAUAACGCCGGGGAGAACCAUGGGCAGCAACAACCCUUUCCGCAAUAGGUGCGAAGAGCAAAAGUCGAAGCGACCUGCCAACGAAAGUCCCCACGCUGAAGGUAAGGAGCCGGCAAGCGAGCACGAGUCUUCGGUACUAAUCAAGAUGCUCUCCGCCGCCUCUUCGCAAUCGCGAAUCCAGUCUGAUUUCGUGUCGGCGCAUCUCUAUUGGAAGACUCUCCAGCAGCUGAAUGCUCUAACGUCUCCGUCGCUACGUAAGAAUGGGUUUGCAACGCUCCUAAACAUAUUCUCUCGAGGCCCUCGCGAUUCUAUCCGUCGUUCUGCCUCGGCUAUCGAAGAAUACGAUGCAUGGUUGGUAUGGCUGAAGCAGAGUCAAGAACGUCACGAAUGCCAUAUUGAGACUAUGAUGAAACGACUGAAGGCGCUUAGGGAUAAGAUGUGGUACGUGACGGACGUUCAUAACUCAGCUCCUUACGAACAGACUCGGAAUAUUUGCAGCGCGCUCAAGAUCAUGGGCGUGCCGAGGAAAUGGGGCACGUUUCAGCGCAACCGAGCUCAGCUGGCUCGAGGGCCGGCUGCCGCAUAUAUCUAUCGGAACGAAUCUCAGAUGUUGGAUUUGCUGGCUGCUAGCGAAGAACAAGGAGGACCGAACAAGCUCAGCGACGCCCAGGCCGAGAUAACUAGUAAAUGGCUAGAACAGCUCGGCAACCCGAACAUGUGUCAAGGAGAGGAACGCAUACAUCGUUUCUGCUGCGAAGUCGACAGUUGCGUAACCAAGCUUGUCGGCGAGAACAUCGUGGAUGGUCCCGUGCUUUGGUCUAGCGAGCUGUACUCCCGCGAUCGCAAGGUAUUCGAAGGUUCCCGAAGCGGCGGCGGCCGAGAUAGAGAGAGCUUGUGGGGCGACGAUGCUGCUAGCAUAAUAAGCAGCGAACAUGACAGACGAUACGCAUCUCCCACGCGUCGUCCGGGCUCGAUGGCUCGAGACCUAAGAAAUUUGUCUACGUUCAACACCAGUCAGGUGUCUCUCGAUUCGCACCACCGAUACAGUUUCUCGCGAGCAAGUACUGCGUUGUCCGAUACGUUCGAUGCGCACGACUAUUUUGGGGGAACUUCUCCAAUCCAUGCCAUCGAUUCGACAUCCACUUUCUGGUCUCCCUUCCAGUCUACGAUGUCGACUGUCAGCUCGGCAACCUCGCGUGCCCAAUCGCCGACGACGAGUGUCACCAAUCUCUCUAGCACCUUCUCGUCGUCCCAUCCAAACCACCAGCCCCUGCCAUCUCACCACACCGCUUCCCGAUCUGGAGCGUCGGUAUCUUCGAAUGAGACUGUCCACCUGCGUCGUCUCUCCGAAGGAAAACAGCGCUUCCUCUCCGAUCUACGACAAACGCUCACCAGUCUAUUGCUCUCCGAACUCGGUAGCCUUGUAUUUUCGUCCGGCUCCGAGACAGAUGGUUGGUUUGGAGGUCUCGGCCAAGAAUGCAUUGAGCGCCGGGACGCCGAAGAACGGAAAGCGCGACGGCCUUCAGGAAGGAGGGAUCGUAUGAGUAAGAGUUCCAAGCAGAGGGUGAUCGAGAAGAGGAAGAGUUUUGGUAACCUCAGGCAAGCGGGAGAAGCGAACAGGGCGGAUCUGGGCCCGGAGAGACCUGAUAGUGCUUCCGGGCCAGGCAACGACAGCUCUGCUACGAGCGACACGAUGUCAGCUCGUGGAAAAUCUUCGAGGAAGAGGGAUACGCCAGACUUCCCUUAUACGAAGGCAUACCAGAGACUUUUAGGAAUGUUCGCCGUCCAUCCAAAUCCAUAUACCAAACUAAAUGCUCUACUUGAACUAGAGCGUCUUAUAGCCGCAUCUCUCUCUAGCGGCGGACGUCGUUCGCGGUGGGCCGCGAGGCACCAAUCCGCGUCGAUUGAUGAGGAUGUUGGCGGGCCUGAGAAUGCCGAUACAAAUGAGCCCGGCGCUGAGAGCCCUAGAGAACGGCGCGCUCAGCCGUACAUGUUUUACCAGCCUCGCUCGAACAAGAACGUCGAGACGCGCUCUAUCAUUUCUGUCAAGGAAGCGGCUAAUACGGAUGCGAUUGCGACGGUGCUUCGUUCCUUAUUCAAAGACGCGGGCAUCCGACCGAAGACGCUGUUUCGCGAUCUUCAAUUUAUUAACUCUUUUGUUUCUCCUUCCACUUUAGACGGUGAACGUAAUAAGGCGUUUUGGGACAUUGUAGUAGUAGCACUUUCGCUUAAGCAAGAUGUCCUCACGACGAUGGUCGAGGUUGCGGAUGAGAUCUUGAACUACUGGACCCCUUCGAGGAAGCGUCCUGGCGGCGUUGACGGAUCACCGGAUAUGCUACGUCCGAAGCAACCGCUCCACGAGCUUCGCGACGCGGCGAAAAUGUGGACGAUCGCGGCGAAGGAGGGCAACCCGACGGCGCAGCGAGAGCUGGGGCUCUUCAACCUCAGCAACCCUGAGUUGGUGGAGAGAAGCACGCUACCUCUGUCGAAACCUCGGGAUGUAUUUAAGCAGGCCGUGAUGGAUAAAUUCGGCCCAAAGGCCGGAAGUGGCAUGCGCCAUGCGCCCGACCGGAGCCGAAGCAGUCUAGGUGCGGCAGGACCGGCAUCUUCAGGCAUGCAAGACGCGGGCAUGGAUGGCGACGUUCGGAGCGACCCGACUCUGAUGUGCGUCGCUAUCCACUGGAUGAAGGAGGCCGAACGUGGCGGAGACGAGUUGGCCAGAACGUUCCUUGGCCAGAACGAGAUGAUGGGACUAUGAUGAUUGCUACGCUGACGUUUGCUACCGCAUUCCUCCUCGUCUUACCUACGUUUUUAUGAAACCUGUUUGCGCUCACGGAUUAUUUUUGUCAGGCAUAAGUGGCUGGAUACCGGGAGAAAGAUACACACACACAUACACGUUCACAUGUUCAACACAUUUCCCAUUGUCAGUUGG